AUGCGCACUUCUCGGGCCUCCAAGGAGACUGCAAAGGUUCUCCAGGCACUGUCGCCCCCUGCCCGACGCCAGACUCGCAGUGCAGCCCUCGGUACAGGCGCGCUCAGGAGUUUCGCCUACAAUGCAGACUCCGCCAUCAAGGGCGAGAUCAAUAGCGAGUUAUUCUCGACGAUAGGUACGAUCCCUGCUACGCGAAGCGACGAUGACUCCUCUCUUUCAUCUGUCAAUACCGCCGACAUUGAAGACCUCGUUGAGGAUGUCGAACCUCCGUCUAAGCGUCGGAAACGCAACGCCAGCCCCAGGGUUCUAUCAGCUUCGAAUCGCACUCCUCGCAAGCCUCUCCUGAAAAAGGAAGAUUCCGAUAAAAAAUCAACACCUCCAUCCAAGGCUCGGCGAAUGCCUGCUCGCAAGACCCGCGAUGCCGAUGGAGCAAUCGUCGUCGAACCGCCGUCCAACUGGGAGACCAUGUAUAAUAUUGUGAAGAAGAUGCGCGCGGACAAUCCAACCGCGCCGGUGGAUACAAUGGGCUGUUCAGAAUUAUACUGGAGGGCAUCUUCUCCCCGAGAUCGCCGCUUCCAGACUUUGAUAGCAUUAAUGCUUUCGUCUCAAACCAAAGACACCGUGACAGCCGUCGCAAUGCAACGACUGCACACCGAGCUCGGCGACGCACAGCCAGACCGCGUGAGCACCGUCAAGAAAGAAGACUUCGAAUCCACCGACGAUGUCAAAAUCAAGCCCGAACCCGAUGACACCCUCUCCACCGCUUCCCUCCCUAUCAAAGACAGCACCUUAAACCUAGAAAACAUCCUCGCCGUCACACCCACCCGCCUCAACACCCUCAUCGAAAAAGUCGGCUUCCACAACAACAAAACAAAAUACAUCAAAGCCGCCGCCCUAAUCCUCCGCGACGAAUACAACGGUGACAUCCCCUCCACACCAGAAGGCCUCAUGAGCCUGCCCGGCGUGGGUCCCAAAAUGGCUUAUCUAUGCAUGAGCGCCGCAUGGGGCAAACACGAAGGCAUCGGUGUAGACGUUCACGUCCACCGCAUCACCAAUUUGUGGGGGUGGCAUAAGACCAAGACACCAGAGGAAACGAGGAUGGCGUUGCAGUCUUGGUUGCCGAGGGAUAAGUGGCAUGAGAUUAAUAAGUUGUUGGUGGGAUUGGGGCAGACGGCUUGUCAGCCGGUAAAGAGGCGUUGUGGGGAGUGUUAUUUGGCUGGGACGAAACUUUGUAAGAGUGAGAUUAAGGGGUUGAGUCCGGUUAAGAGGGAGGGGGGUGCUACGGGGAGUCCUGGGCUUGAUGAACCGAAGAUUAAGAUUGAGGCAUUGUGA